GUAAGCAUUCAUAUUGGGACCAUAGCUGAUAGGCCAUACUAUUUAAUUAUAAUUAAUUAUUAACUAACCCCAUCAAAGAGGCGAGAACACAACCCCAUAAUCACGUCUUCUCAAAAUUCUCUUGACUAAAGACCUUAUUCUUUUCCUUCGCUCUAUUCCUACUUGUUUCAUCAAGUUUCUUCUCAGGCUAUUAUUUGAAGCUGUUGAUACCAUUUGAAAUUAGAAAGCUGCUUUCUGAGAAUUACACUCAGUCAUGACCUGUUUUCCUUUCUUCAGUAAGAUCUCAUCUUCAGCAAAACAAGAAUCACAUCCAGAAACUGAUGAAGAUUUAUCUGGUCUUCAACAUGUUAGACUUUACACAUACAAAGAACUAAGAAAUGCUACUAAGGAUUUUAGUCCAGCCAAUAAAAUUGGAGAGGGUGGUUUUGGUUCUGUGUAUAAGGGACAACUUAAAGAUGGAAAACUUACUGCUAUAAAAGUUCUUUCGGCGGAAUCCAGACAAGGGGUGAAGGAAUUCUUGACAGAGAUUAAUGUGAUCUCAGAAGUUGAGCAUGAAAAUUUGGUGAAGUUAUAUGGUUGUUGUGUGGAAAGAAAUAAUAGAAUAUUAGUCUACAAUUAUCUCGAGAAAAAUAGUCUCGCGCAAAGUCUUCUAGGUUCAGGUGAUCACACUGGCCUUCUCUUCAAUUGGCAAACUCGAUGUAAAAUAAGCAUUGGGGUCGCGCGUGGGCUAGCAUUUCUUCAUGAGGAAGUAAGGCCUCAUAUUAUUCAUAGAGAUAUAAAAGCAAGUAAUAUUCUACUUGACCGGGAUCUUACUCCCAAGAUUUCAGAUUUCGGUCUUGCAAAGCUUAUUCCAGCAAACAUGACUCAUGUCAGCACGCGUGUAGCAGGAACACUAGGUUAUUUGGCACCGGAGUAUGCAAUAGGCGGGAAGCUGACACGAAAAGCGGACAUUUACAGUUUCGGUGUCCUCCUUGUGGAGAUAGUGAGUGGAACGUGUAACACAAAUUCAAGAUUACCUAUGGAAGAACAAUUUCUCCUAGAAAGGGCAUGGAAUCUGUACGAGCGAAACGAAUUGGUCGCACUCGUAGACAUAUCACUAAACGGAAAAUUUGACGCCGAGCAGGCCUGUAGGUUCCUCAAGAUUGGCCUUCUUUGCACUCAAGACUCCCCAAGGAUCCGGCCUUCGAUGUCUUCGGUAGUCAAGAUGCUUACCGGAGAAAUGACUGUCGACGACAGCAAGAUAACAAAACCAGCCUUAAUUACUGACAUCAUGGACCUUAAAGUUAGAAAGAAACAGGAAAUUAAUAACUCUAAUAUGAAGACAACAUCUACAUACAACACAAACACAUCUUCACAGGGUAGUGCUACUAGCACCUUGUCAUCACCUCCUUCUACUGCUGUAAUUACUUCAACCUUCACUGCAAGAUAAGAUCAAAGCAUGUAAACAAACAUUAAUUAAGAGCUUUAAUUUGAAAUUAUUUUAUUUUA